AUGAAGAGUAGAAUUUGGUCUGAAUCCCGAGUUUAUACGGAUGCCAACAAGAAAAGAACCACUGAGUAUUGGGAUUAUGAAAAUAUGACCAUUGAAUGGUCAACAAAUAAUAAAGAUUAUGAAAUUGAAACGAAAGUGGGCCGUGGGAAAUAUUCAGAAGUAUUUCAAGGGGUUACAUUAAGUAACAGAUCUAAGAUUGUCAUUAAGAUGUUGAAACCAGUUAAGAAAAAAAAAAUUAAAAGAGAAAUUUCCAUUUUGACUAAUUUAUCUAAUGAGAAAACUCCUCCUACAACUUUACAAUUUGAUAUUGAUUCUUAUUAUACUAAUACGAAGGAAUCGGUUUUGAAAUUUAAAAGGGAUUAUUUAUAUGAUUUACCACAUACUGGUCAUGAAAAUAUUAUUAAAUUAUUUGAUACUAUCAAAGAUCCAAUUUCGAGAACGCCAGCAUUAAUUUUUGAAUAUGUGGAUAAUGUUGAUUUCCGUAUCCUUUACCCUAAAUUCACUGAUUUGGAUAUAAGAUAUUAUAUGUUUGAAUUAUUGAAAGCUCUAGAUUAUUGUCAUUCAAUGGGGAUAAUGCAUAGAGAUGUGAAACCUCAUAAUGUUAUGAUUGAUCAUAAGAAUAAGAAAUUAAGAUUGAUUGAUUGGGGGUUAGCUGAAUUUUAUCAUGCCAACAUGGAAUAUAAUGUUCGUGUUGCUUCAAGGUUCUUUAAAGGGCCAGAAUUAUUAGUGGAUUAUAGAAUGUAUGAUUAUUCAUUAGAUUUAUGGUCAUUUGGUACUAUGUUAGCUUCAAUGGUUUUCCAAAAGGAACCAUUUUUCCAUGGAACUAGUAAUACUGAUCAAUUAGUUAAGAUUGUUAGAAUCUUGGGGAGUGAAGAUUUUGAGAAAUAUUUGAUGAAAUAUGAAAUUGUUUUACCAAAGGAAUUUCAUGAUAUGGAUCAAUAUAUUAGAAGACCUUGGUAUAGGUUUAUUAAUGACGGCAAUAGACAUUUAUGUGAUAAUGAAGAUAUUAUUGAUUUGAUUGAUAAUUUAUUAAGAUAUGAUCAUCAAGAAAGAUUGACAGCAAAGGAAGCCAUGGGACAUCCUUGGUUUAAACCAAUAAGAGAAGCAUAG